AUGGAUGCAAACAACUCAGCUUCUAGAAGAUUGAGGAGAAAAAUAUUGAUGAGAGCCAAGUCAUCCAAACAAAACAUUAAUAUCUUAGGUAUUAAUAAUGAAAAUGGUACGCCACACAUACAUACAAGUAGACGUGGUGUUUCAACCACUGGACAAAACUUUGUUGCAAGAACUCCAUUGUCUGAGUUAACCAUUGCAACAAAUGGAACAACUCAUAUUAAUUCCAUUGCCACAACAUCAAUUGACAUACAAUCAGCCACGUUGAACAACAACAAACGUAAGAAUCCUACUUAUUUCACUGCAACCUCUUGUGACCAUACAGUUGAUGCAGCAAGUACAAGUACAAGUGGUCAAAUGACUACUUUCCAUUGUGAAAUGUUUGCACUUGCUGAAACACAAGAAAUAAUAGACUUUGGAGAUCCCUCUUAUACAUGCUCUGGAUGUGGUGCUCCAAUGUGGUAUGAGGAGCGAGCUGAGAAAAGUGUUAAUAGCAACCUACCUAAGUUUUCACUUUGUUGUAUGAAAGGAUUAGUACAAAUUCCAUACUUAAAAAGGCCUCCGGAGUUGCUAAUGAGCUUAAUACAUGGACAAGAUCCAAGGAGUAAACAUUUUAAAGAAAAUAUUCGAGCAUAUAAUAGUAUGUUUUGUUUCACCUCUAUUGGGGGAAAGAUCCAAUCAAACUCGAGUAGGGGUGGAGGACCACCACAAUUUAUUCUUAGUGGACAAAAUUUCCACAAAAUUGGCAGUCUAAUUCCAGAGGAAGAAACAACUCCAAAAUUUGCCCAAUUAUAUAUUUAUGACACAGUGAAUGAGAUAUCUAACAGAUUUAAUCAUUUUAGAUCAAAUGAACAACACAAAGAUCUAGACAAAACAUUAGUUGAAGACUUCAAGAGAAUGGUGGAUGAACACAAUGUCUUAGCUAAGUCUUUUAGGAAAGUCCGUGACCACCUACAACACAAUAGCACAUCUAAUGUGUGCCUAAGGUUGUUUCGAAACAGAACAAAGGAUCCAAGAACACAUAAUAUGCCAUCAUGUGAUGAGGUUGCUGCUUUAAUAGUUGGUGAUUUGGACAACCUUGAUCCUGGUCGAGACAUUAUUGUUAGAAAGACAUCCGGGUACUUGGAGAAAAUAAAAGAGACUCAUGCUUCGUUCUUACCCCAUCAAUAUCCAUUGUUGUUUCCAUUUGGUGAGGACCAGUAUCAAGAAAACUUUCCUAUUAGAGAGAGUGUUAUGAAGGAAGGAAAACGAAAGAGGAUACGCGUUACAUUGAGAGACUUUAUUGCAUUCUGCAUACAAGAGAGAGAUUUCGAACAUGGCAUUAUUGUAAAUGCUGGCAGGCUAUUUCAACAGUUUGUUGUUGAUUGUUUCUCUAUGAUAGAGUCGCAAAGGUUACACUGGAUACGAAUGAACCAAUCGACAAUUAGAUGCGACAUAUUAAGUGGUUUACAAGAAGCAAUUCAUAGCGGAGAAACCCAUACAUUUGCAGUUGGAAAACGUGUAGUAUUGCCAGCAUCUUUUACCGGAGGUCCACGAUACAUGUUUAAUAACUGUCAAGAUGCAAUGGCGAUUUGCAAAAAGUUUGGGUAUCCUGAUUUGUUUAUCACCAUAACGUGCAAUGCUAAUUGGCAAGAAAUAAAAAACUUUGUUUCUAUUAGAGGCCUUAAAGCAACUGAUCGUCCAGAUAUCGUUUGUAGAGUAUUUAAGGCAAAGCUUGAUCACAUGAUGAGUGAUUUUAAAAAAGAAAAAAUAUUUGGUGAAAUUGUUGCAGGGACAUAUACCAUAGAGUUUCAGAAGAGGGGAUUGCCACACGCACACAUUUUGUUAUGGCAUGGAGGUUCAAAUUCAUUAAAGACAUGUAAUGACAUCGACAAGUUCAUUUCAGCAAAACUACCUGAUUGUAAUUUAUAUCCAAAACUUGCAAAUGUUGUUUCAAGUUUCAUGCUACAUGGUCCAUGUGGAUCUUCCAAUCCAAAAUCUCCGUGCAUGAAAGAUGGCAAGUGCUCAAAGUAUUUUCCAAAGGAUUACCAACCUUCAACUAUAGUUGACGAUGAAGGUUAUCCAAAGUACAAGCGACGAGAUACUGGUUUGUCUGUUUUGAAAAAAGAAAUUAGUUUGGACAAUAGGUUUGUAGUUCCAUAUAAUCCACAUUUGUUGAUGAAAUAUCAAGCACAUGUCAAUGUUGAGUAUUGCAACAAGGGAAACUCAAUAAAGUAUUUGUUUAAGUAUGUUAAUAAAGGACCAGAUAGAGCCACAAUAGAGAUUUCAAACCGAACAGAAAAUGGCCAGGUACUUGAUGAGAUAAAACAAUACUAUGAGUGCAGGUAUUUGGCCCCGUGUGAGGCUGUUUGGAGAACUUUUGAGUAUGACAUCCAUCAAAGGUGGCCUCCUGUUAUAAGGCUUUCAUUUCACCUUGAAAAUGAGCAAUCUGUAAUGUAUUCAGAAAAUUAUUCAAUUCAAUCUGUUGUGGCGCGUAAUGAAGAACUUGACACAAUGUUUUUGGCUUGGUUUGAGGCAAACAAAAAGUAUCCUGAAGGAAGAGAAUUGACUUAUGCUGAAUUUCCUACAAGGUUUGUUUAUAUAAAAAAUAGCAAAACAUGGCAGCCCAGAAAGCAAGGUAAUUCAAUUGGAAGACUUACUUAUAUUCCCCCAGGAGGUGGGGAUGUUUAUUUUUUGAGACUCCUAUUGACAAUACAAAAAGGGUGCACAAGUUACAAUGAUAUUAAGAGAGUGGAUGGCACAACACAUAAAACCUUUAAGGAAGCGUGUUUUGCACUUGGGUUGCUGCAAGAUGACAAUGAAUUUGUGUAUGCUAUUACUGAAGCAAGUCAGUUGGCCUCUGGACAUCAAUUGAGGAGAUUAUUUGUUAUAUUAUUGUUCAUGAAUUCAAUGACAAAUCCUUUUGUUGUUUGGGAAGCUACAUGGAAACUUUUAUGUGAUGGAAUUUUAUACGAAAAAAGGAAAAUGUUAAACAACCCAGGCCUUCAAAUAAGUGAUGAUGAGUUAAAAAAUAUUUGUUUGGUUGAGUUGGACAAACUACUUUUCAUGAGUGGUAAAUCUCUUAAAAGUUUUAAGACCAUGCCAUGCCCUACCCAUUCAAAUAUGAAUCAAUUUGAAAAUAGGUUCUUGGCUGAUGAAUUAAACUAUCACAAAGAUGAGUUAGCUGACCACAUCUCAUUAUUGUCAUCCUUAACCGCAGAACAAAGGUCAGUGUAUGAUCAAAUUAUUGCUUCUGUGAUGACUAAUUCGGGAGGGUUUUACUUCUUAUAUGGAUAUGGAGGCACAGGACAAACAUUUAUCUGGAGAACUUUAUCAGCUGCACUGAGAUCCCAAGGUUCAAUUGUUUUAAAUAUUGCCUCCAGUGGGAUUGCAACUUUAUUAUUACCUGGAGGAAAAACAGCUCAUUCCGCAUUAAAGAUUCAUUUGGUUACAACCGAAACAUCUACAUGUGACAUCAAACAACACACUGAUAGAGCUAAUCUGAUCAUACAUUCUAAGCUUAUUAUAUGGGAUGAAGCUCCAAUGCUAAAUAAAUUAUGUGUUGAAGCUGUAGAUCGUACUUUUAGAGAUAUCAUGAGGACUGUAGAUGAGGCUAACCUACAUAAACCAUUUGGUGGGAAGGUAGUUGUUUUUGGAGGUGAUUUUAGACAAAUAUUACCUGUUGUUAGAAAAGGUUGUAGGCAUGAUAUAGUGGCAGCUUCAAUAAACUCAUCUGAAUUAUGGAAAUACUGCAAGGUUUUGACAUUAUCAAGAAACAUGCGCUUAGCAUCUGCAGAACCCAAUGCAUAUACUAAUGACAUUAAAGAUUUUGCAGAUUGGAUGCUUGAUAUUGGAAACGGUAAACAUGACUCAAAUGAGUUAGGAGAGAGUAUUAUUAAUAUUCCUGAAGACUUAUUGGUAACAAAUUCCCAAAAUCCUCUAUUAUCUCUGUUUGAAUUGACAUAUUCACUGCUUUUACAGAACAUAAACAAUUUGAAAUACUAUGAAGAGAAGGAAAUACUUGCUCCGACUCAUGAUACUGUAGAUAUCGUUAAUGAUUAUAUUUUAUCAUUAAUUCCAGAUGAGGAAAAGGAAUACAUUAGUUCAGACUCAACUGUCCUUUCUGAUGAAAAUUGUGCUGUGCAGGGAGAUUGGUUCACACCAGAAUUUUUGAAUGACAUGAAAUGUUCUGGAAUUCCAAAUCACCGAUUAAGAUUAAAGAUUGGUGUUCCAGUCAUGCUUUUGAGGAACAUUGAUCAAGCUAAUGGACUAUGUAAUGGAACAAGGUUGCUCAUAAAUGAAUUGUGUACAAAUAUUAUUGGAGCAACUGUGAUCACGGGAAAAAACAUCGGUGAUAAGAUUUAUAUACCAAGGAUGAAUUUGGUUCCAUUUGAUCCAGCUUUCCCAUUUAAAUUCCAGAGAAGACAAUUUCCAUUGUCGUUGUGUUUUGCAAUAACCAUAAAUAAGAGUCAAGGUCAAUCUCUUUCUCAAGUUGGUUUGUAUUUAAAGCGACCUGUAUUUACUCAUGGUCAAUUCUAUGUGGCUAUUUCACGAGUAAAGUCUAGGGAAGGAUUGAAGAUUGUUAUUUUAGAUGAAGAAGGAAAACUAUGUACCGACACCAAAAAUGUUGUGUACAAAGAAAUUUUCAAUAAUUUGUAAACAUGUAUACGACAUUCUUUUUACGGUUAUAUUUGUUUAUUGUAAGUUAUUUUUUGUAUGGA